GUGCUUUGUGGUGGGCCUGCUGCUCAGUGGAUGUCGUGUGUCUAAAGUACAGACCCUCUGCCAGCCUAUGUGGCUGCGGCCCCAGGAACACCACAUGGCCCCACCUCUGCAGAGGAUUCUCUGCCCUGUGCGCGUGGGGCUGUGACGGCUGUCCACAGGAGGGUGACUGUGGCAGCCUGGGGAGGCCCGAAGCAGCAGCAGCAGCCCUCAGUGGUCUGUAGGCCCUGGCAUCUCUAACCCUCCUUUGCUCUGGGUCAGAGCCACCCGUGCCUCCCUGUGUGCCAGAUGCUGUCAAGAGGUGGGCCCUGGUGGUAGUCUGAGCUAGACCCAUGCUGAUUUGUUGGCUGCUGUGCAUGUAGGCAGACUAGCCAAGCCACAGGGUCAACUCAUGGACGUGGCCUCCGGUCAACGGCUAUCACCACCAGGAUGGUGGUUCCAGUCCUCUCUGGGUUUCAGUAUGGCCUGCCUGAGUCUCCUGCACGCAGAGACUUCAUGGGGCUGGGUCUGACCUACUGACAAAGAGGUGCUGGCUCUGCCACCCAGGCCCAGCAGGGAGACCGGAUUCUGGUCUCCCUGCUCUGAAUGGUGUGCAGUGGCCGCAGGGUCGUGUGGAACACAGUCCUCCCGUGAGACCGCUGCCUCCGUGCUUGGCUUGACACCGCACUCGUUGCCUUGUUUCUUCCUUCAGCUUUUUCUGCAUCAGCAGGGCUCUGACAUGUCGGGGCCAGUUCUAGGUUCCCACCUUGGGACCUGAAGACUGGAACACCUUCCAGCUGCUGUUCAUUCAAGAGCGCUUGGCUCCAGCAACACAGAGGCAACGGCCCGGAGCCAGGGCUUCGUGCCUGCGUGCAGGGUGGAACCAGGUGGGGCCUGUGGGAGGUCAGGAGUGGCGCUGAGGUCGUGCUUGCACGGACGCUGCCCUGGCUGGUGAGCUGUGAAAGUAAAGUCCACCUCAGAGGGUUGCUGACGGUGCCGUGUUGGAGUCCAGGGCGCCCAGGUUGGGUGAGCCCUGGCAGACCCCAGGACUCAGCACACGACCGUCCUCACUGUUGUGGCUUCUACAUUGACAGGAACGAGCAGGGCCAGUGUGGGCAGAAGCCAGUGGGGGAACUGGGGCGAGAGGCAGGGCGUCCAGAGCCCCCUCCCAGGGAGUCACACAGCACGUGCUUCACUCCCAGCACCAAGCUGACGAAUGGAAUAUGGUCACCUGGGAACUCACAGAUCUCGUCCCCGGGGUGUUUGGGGUACGGUCACUGGCCUUCUCCCUGGACUGUGCCAACUGCAGAGAGAGCCAGGCAUGGGGCCUUGCCUCUGCACUGAGUUACGUCCCGGGUGUGGAGGGACGGGAAUGUGGGGGACCCUGGGACUGCUGCAGACAGCGCAGUGCCUGUCUCUGAGGCGGCUCAGGAGGUCUUCCAGUUCCCCGCUUCCCGGGGUCGUGUCUCGUGUCUGUGGAUGAUGGUUUCUUGUGAUCAUCGCAGGAUGCAGGUGUGCAGCUGCUCUGGCUUGGGUGGUGACCUUGUCCCAUCAGACUAGCAGUGUGCACCCAGGACCUUCUCUGCUUGGGACAUUACUGUCCUGAGAGAGAGGCUGUGGGCGGGACACGGGGCCUGGUCACCUCACGGGUGUGGGAGUCAGAGGGGGCCUCUGCUGCGGCUUGUUAGCUGGCAGUCCCCAUGCCCUCCUGAGCCUCUGGCACCUAGGAAACCACAUCCUGUUCCUGGACUCUCCUGUCCUGAAUGUUUCCUGUCAAUGGAGCCACACUGGCCUUUAGUGUCCGGUUCUCACUGAUCAUGAGGACAUCGAGGUCCAUCCAUGCAGCAGCUGGAACGAGGCGAUUUCCUCUCAGAAGAGUGGAGAGAACGCAUCGCCAACACAAGUGUUAUAUUUGUGAAUAACUUUGCCUUUGGUCCUGAGGUGGAUCACCAGCUGAAGGAGCGGUUUGCAAACAUGAAGGAAGGUGGCAGAAUCGUGUCCUCAAAACCCUUCGCACCUCUGAACUUCAGAAUAAACAGUAGAAACUUGAGUGACAUUGGCACCAUCAUGCGCGUCGUCGAGCUGUCGCCCCUGAAGGGCUCCGUGUCGUGGACAGGGAAGCCCGUCUCCUACUACCUGCACACUAUUGACCGCACCAUACUUGAAAACUAUUUUUCUAGUCUGAAAAAUCCAAAACUCAGGGAGGAGCAAGAGGCAGCUCGGCGUCGGCAGCAGCGAGAGAAUAAGAGCAAUGCGACCACCCCCACCAAGGUCCCCGAGAGCAAGGCGGCCGGGCCCACCAAGGUCCCCGAGAGCAAGGCGGCUGGGCCUGCCGAGGCCUCCAGGGAUUCUGGUGCUGAGGAAGAAAAAGCGGGGGUGACCACUGUCAAAAAGCCAUCUCCCUCGAAAGCACGGAAGAAGAAGUUGAACAAGAAGGGGAGGAAGAUGGCUGGCCGAAAGCGCGGACGUCCCAAGAAGAUGAGCACCGCAGACCCUGAGCGCAAGCCCAAGAAGAGCCAAGCCGCACUGGACCUCCUGCACAGCCAGACCGUGUCCCGGACCGCGUCCUCCUCGCCCCAGGACGCCUGCCGGUCACCUCACAGCCCAUUCUACCAGCUACCUCCCAGCGUGCAGCGGCACUCCCCCAACCCGCUGCUGGUGGCACCCACCCCACCCGCACUACAGAAGCUGCUAGAGUCGUUCAAGAUCCAGUACCUACAGUUCCUGGCGUACACGAAGACGCCCCAGUACAAGGCCAACCUGCAGCAGCUGCUGGACCAGGAGAAGGAGAGGAAUGCCCAGUUGCUGGGCACGGCGCAGCAACUUUUUGGCCACUGCCAGGCCCAGAAGGAGGAGAUCAGGAGACUCUUCCAGCAAAAACUAGAUGAGCUGGGCGUGAAGGCCCUGACCUACAAUGACCUCAUCCAAGCCCAGAAGGAGAUCUCUGCUCACAACCAGCAGCUGCGGGAGCAGUCUGAGCAGCUGGAGAAGGACAACAGCAAGCUGCGCAGCCAGAGCCUGCAGCUGCUCAGGGCCCGGUGUGAGGAGCUGAAAUUGGAUUGGUCCACCCUGUCCCUGGAGAACCUGCGGAAGGAGAAGCAAGCCCUGAGGAGCCAGAUCUCAGAGAAGCAGAGGCACUGCCUGGAGCUGCAGAUCAGCAUUGUAGAGCUGGAGAAGAGCCAGCGGCAGCAGGAGCUUCUGCAGCUCAAGUCCUGUGUGCCACCUGAUGAUGCGCUGUCCAUGCACCUGCGUGGGAAGGGCCCCCUGGGCCGGGAGCUGGAGGCUGAGGCCAGUAGGCUGCACUUGGAGCUGGACUGUGCUAAGCUUGCUCUGCCUCAUAUGAGCAGCAUGAGCCCAGAGCUCUCCAUGAAUGGCCACGCUGCCAGCUAUGAGCUCUGUGGCGCACUGAGUCGGCCUUCGUCCAAGCAGAACACCCCCCAGUACCUCGCCUCCCCCUUGGACCAGGAGGUCGUGCCCUGUACUCCUAGCCACAGCGGCCGGCCUCGGCUGGAGAAGUUGUCAGGCCUGGCCUUGCCUGACUACACCAGGCUCUCCCCAGCCAAGAUUGUGCUCAGGAGGCACCUGAGCCAGGACCAUGCCGGGCCUGCCAAGAUGGCUGCUAGUGAGCUGCAUCCGCGAGCUGAGCAUGCCAAGGAAAGCAGCCUUCCCUGCCAGAGCCCUGGCCUAUCCAGCAGCAUGAAGCUGAGCCCUCAGGACCCACGGCCCCCCUCUCCAGGGGCCUUGCCCAUAGCAGGAGAGAAGAACAGUGAGAAGCAGAGUGUGAAGGAGCGAGCCUAUGGUAGCCACGGGGAGACCAUCACCAGCCUGCCCAUCAGCAUCCCGCUCAGCACUGUGCAGCCCAACAAGCUCCCAGUCAGCAUCCCCCUGGCCAGCGUGGUGCUGCCCAGCCGUGCCGAGAGGGUGAGGAGCACCCCCAGCCCUGUGCCGCAGCCCCGGGACCCCUCGUCCGCGCUUGAGAAACAGAAUGGUGCUAGCGCCCACGCGUCUGGGAGCAGCGCAGGGAGCAGGAGCCUCUCUCUGGCGCCCACAGGCUUCUAUGCUGGCUCUGUGGCCAUUAGCGGGGCGCUGGCGGGCAGCCCCGCUCCACUCUCCUCGGGGGCUGAGCCUACGGCCCUGGACGAGCCCUCCAGCUCUGGGAGCCUCUUCCCCACGGUGGGGUCCCGCAGUGCCACACCGCAGCACCCGCCUCUGCUGACGCAGCCUCGGAACUCGGGCCCUGCCUCUCCUGCCCACCAGUUGUCUGCCAGCCCUCGGCUUGCUGGGGCCACCCAGUGCCCACUCCCUGAUGCAGGCAAGGGAGACCUGCCCUCUGACCCCGGCUUCUCAGACCCGGAGAGCGAAGCCAAGAGGAGAAUCGUGUUCACCAUCUCGGCUGGCGGGGGCAGCGCCAGGCAGUCACCGUCCACCAAGCACAGCCCCCUGACCCCAGGUGCCCGUGGGGACUGUGGGCAGAGCCAUGGGCAGGAUAGCCGCAAGCGUGGCCGGAGGAAGCGCUCAUCAGCCGGCACCCCCAGCCUGAGCGCAGGCGUGUCCCCUAAGCGCCGGGCCCUGCCUUCUGUCGCUGGCCUCUUCACGCAGUCCUCAGGGUCCCCCCUCAACCUCAGCUCCAUGGUCAGUAACAUCAACCAGCCCUUAGAGAUCACGGCCAUCUCGUCCCCUGAGAACUCCCUGAAGAGUUCCCCCAUCCCCUACCAGGACCAUGACCAGCCACCCGUGCUCAAGAAGGAGCGGCCCCUGAGCCAGACCAACGGGGCCCACUAUUCCCCGCUGACCUCCGACGAGGAGCCAGGUUCUGAGGAUGAGCCCAGCAGCGCACGAAUUGAGAGAAAAAUUGCAACAAUCUCCUUAGAAAGUAAAUCUCCCCCGAAAACCUUGGAAAAUGGUGGAGGCUUGGGACGGAAGCCAGCCCCUGCGAGCGAGCCCGUCAACAGCAGCAAGUGGAAAUCCACCUUCUCGCCCAUCUCCGACAUUGGCCUGGCCAAGCCUGCAGAUAGCCCCCUGCAGGCCAGCUCCGCCCUGAGCCAGAGCUCCUUGUUCACCUUCCGGCCGGCCCCAGAGGAGCCUGUUGCGGCUGAGGCCAAGCUGGCCACCCACCCAAGGAAAGGCUUUUCUGGCUCGCUGUCGGGGGCAGAUGGGCUCAGCCCAGGCACCAACCCUCCCAAUGGCCUGGCCUUCGGCGGGGGCCUCGCCGCAGACCUCAGUUUACAUGGCUUCAACGACGGUGCUUCCCUUCCCCACAAGGGCCCUGAAGUGGCUGGUCUCAGUGCCCCUCUGAGCUUCCCCUCCCAGCGGGGCAAGGAGGGCCCCACAGAGGCCAACCCCUUCCUGAACAAGAGGCAGCUGGAGGGCCUGGGUGGCCUGAAGGGCGAGGGUGGCCCUGGCAAGGAGCCCACUGAGCCCGGCCUGCCCUCAUGUGGGCCCACGGACAAGGCCACCCUGCCACAUGGCAGCAGGCCCAGCAAAGGCCGGGACCGCGAGCUUGACUUCAAGAACGGCCACAACCUCUUCAUCUCUGCCGCGACCGUGCCUCCUGGGGGCCUCCUGGGGGGCCCUGGCCUUGCCACCGCAGUGUCCUCCGCCGGCAGUGCAGCUCCCGCCACCCAGGCGCACCGCCCCUUCCUGGGCACCUUCGCCCCUGGGCCGCAGUUCACCCUGGGCCCCAUGUCCCUGCAGGCCAACCUUGGCUCCGUGGCUGGCUCGUCCGUGCUGCAGUCCCUGUUUAGCUCCGUGCCGGCCGCCGCGGGCCUGGUACACGUGUCGUCCGCCGCAACCAGACUGACCAACUCUCACACCAUGGGCAGCUUCUCCUCUGGGGUGGCCGGCGGAACCGUUGGAGGUGUCUUUAACCACACGGUGCCUUCUGCCUCUGCUCAUCCGUUUGGAGCCAGUGUCGGCAGCGGGGCUGUGUGUAGCAGCGCCACGCUGGGCCUGAGCCCGCUGCAGGCGGCGGCCAGCACCUCGGCCUCUUCCUUUCAGGCCCCGGCCUCGGUCGAGACUCGGCCGCCCCCUCCGCCUCCGCCUGCCCCGCUUCCUCCUCAGCACCUGGGCCGACCCCCUGCGGGGCCGCCUGUCCUCCACGCCCCCCCUCCUAACGUCGCCUUGCCUCCUCCUGCCGCGCUGCUGGCCUCUAACCCUGAGCCCGUGCUUCUGCAGAACCUAGCGUCCAUCCCGGCUAACAAAGCUUUUUUACCCCCCUCCUCUGCCACCUCUCUGCAGCCUGCUAACGCCUCUCUGUCUGUCAAGCUCGCCUCCCUCCCGCACAAGGUCUCCCGCCCCUCCUUCACGGUGCACCACCAGCCCCUGCCCCGGCUGGCCCUGGCGCAGGCCACGCCCGCAAUCCCGCAGGCCAGCUCCACAGGGCCGUCCGCUGUGUGGGUUUCCCUUGGCAUGCCGCCUCCUUAUGCCGCGCACCUUUCGGGGGUUAAGCCUCGAUAAAGACUUGCUUAGCUAGCAGUUCGUAUUCUGUAAGGUAACUAGGACUUCUACCUCAACCGCGCGACUAUGCAAGGACGGUGUGGACCAACGCGCCCGCCCGCUGCUCAGUGCUCGCUGGCCUGCUGGGCCCCCCCUGGACGGCGGGGACAGGACAGGGACAAGGAGCUCCACUGUGAAUCGGCAGCACGCACAGGAGGUGCUGCCACGGUCCAGUUUGUACUGUCGAUAGUUUUAGAUAAAGUAUUUAUCGUUUUUUAAAAAGUAUAAACAAUUCUGACUUAUUUUAUUCCAUCUAAGUCGUCAAAGGCAACCUAUUGAGAAGUAUAAAUGUCUAUGUGAGAGAGAAUCUAUGUCUAGAGACGCGGACCUGCAGGGCGCCUGCCCACGGAGACGCCGACAGCCUGCCCGGUGCUAUCUCACCACCAGGCCGUGCCUGCCUCCACCUCGGUGCUGCCCUGGACAUUGGCCAACGCCAAAACCGGUUCUCAGCAAUGCCCACCCCAGAACCCAUCACUUGUUCCUAUACCAAAGGCUCGCCUGACCCUGGGCAGGGGCCUCUGUGGUUAGGUCCCUCAGAGAAGGCCCUCUUCCCGGUGGCCAGCACUGACCUUGCAGCCCUGCCUUCCUCUGGAGCCCCUUGAGCCUGCUGCCCCUACUGCCCACUGCCCCCUGCCCCCUCACUGUGAACACCCCCACCUGUGAACCUUUUGGCCUAGGGUCCAGUCUGAGGCAUGCUGAGAAGUGGGCACAGGCCUGCGGCAGGUGUGGCUCUGCCUGGUGCUCCUGAAGGCUCUGCACUGGGUGUCAUGCCCAGUGCGGUCACUUUUACGUCCCUUUGUUCGAGUUUGUGGCACUCUGCUGGGUGAUGUUGGGCAGGCCCCCAGUGGGUCCCCUGGUGUCUGUGUAUAUGAGAGAGUCACACUGAUGAGUGACUAUUUUAUAGAGAUGUGAUGAGAAUUUAUAAAUUUCAUAGACUUGACUGCAUUUAUUUUUAGAUUGUAUAAUGCACAGUGAACUUUAACAAAAGGAAAAGUAAGGGGAAGGAAAACCUUUAUAUUUAUUGAAAUGCACAAAACUGGCAUGGGCUCCAGGGCUGGCCCCCACUGCAGACCCUGCAGGUGUGCGUCUCAGAGCUGCCUGGCCCACCCCACAGCCUCAGGAAGGCUCGGGCUUAAAACUGCCCACACUGCUGCUGUGGCUGUUGUGGGUGCUCCGGGCCUGGCACCUCUGAGUCCCGACCCACAGGUCUGGAGGUAAUGCUGGCUCCUUUGGCAGCCUUGAUGGUGCUGAGAAGGGACAUACCGUGUGACCACAGAUGGGCCAGGGCCCCCAGGCUGUCCUUGCCUCUCUUGAGAAGCCUGUCCCAGACCUGGCCCCUCAGAGCAGAGUUCUGCAGAUGGUGCUGGUAACUCCGCCCCUCCACGUUGGUGCUCUUGGCCAGGCUGCAGGUGCUGUGCCUCAUUCCCAGGGGCCCCAGCCCAGCCCUUAGCACAGCAGUGCCCUGCUUGGUGUGGGGGACCAGGGGUCACCUCUCACCAUGCAGUUCCCCAGGGUGCCACUGGGUGACAGUAGCAAAGUCACAUGCAGCGAGGCCCUGGUCUGAUACAAACACGUUGUUUAAACACUGUAUUCUUCCGCUAACCUCCCCGGUAGCGGUGGCUUGGGUGCGGGCAGGCCACGCCAGCCAACAUGGACUCCUGCUGACGUGCCCCAUUUAGACAUCCACCUGCGACUGCACGUACGCUUGAGUGUUGGGAGACAGGACAUGCUGGGGACACAGGCCUGACGUGGGACCCCACCGGGUCUCGGGUACUCCCAGGCACAAGAGCAAGUUCGCCCUUGAGCCCGCCAGGGGACAGGCACGGAAGCCCAUGCCUCAGCUAACCGUGUGCUGCACC